AUGUUGUCAUCCCUGGCAUUUUCGGUGCCGUUGCUACUUGCUGGCUUGCAGGCCACAGCGGUGGGCGCAAUCUCACCCAUUUCGGCUGUUGGGUCCAAGUUUUUCUACGAGAACGGAACUCAGUUCUACAUCAAGGGAAUUGCUUAUCAACUUACACCAAGUGACCCGCUUGUCGAUACUGCCCAAUGCGAGCGCGAUAUCGUCCGGAUGUCCGAGCUGGGCACCAAUGCUAUCCGUGUGUACCACGUGGACCCCCAUGCUGAUCACAAGGGCUGUAUGUCGGCAUUGGCAGAAGCUGGAAUCUACCUGUUCGUCGAUUUGGACACUUUCAAUACUCAGAUCGAACAGACCAAGCCUCACUGGAAUCAGACUCAGUUUGAUCACUUUAAAGCGGUGCUCGAUGAAUUCCAAAACUUCGACAACACUGCCGGUGUUUUGGUCGGAAAUGAGGUACUCACCACGGCCGAUGGCUCCGCUGCUGCUCCGUACGUCUUGGCGGCUGCUCGCGAUAUCAAAGCCUACCGUGAUAAGAAGGGCUAUCGCAAGAUUCCCGUUGGUUACUCUGCGGCCGAUAUUGCAGAAUUGAGACCCAUGCUGCAGAACUACAUGGCCUGUUACAAGGAUGCAGCUGAUCGCUUGGACUUUUACUCGCUGAAUGCCUACGAGUGGUGUGGUUCGUCUAGCUAUGAAGUAUCCGGAUAUAACAUGUUGCAGAAGAACGCAACUGAUUACCCCAUCCCGAUCUUCUUCUCCGAGACUGGCUGCAACACCCCCUCGCCCCGCACCUUUGAGGACCAGGCUGCUAUCUUUGGUAGUCACAUGUCUGAUACUUGGUCUGGAUCAAUUAUCUACGAGUGGAUCGAGGAGACCAACGACUAUGGGCUGAUCAGUUAUGGACCGUCUGUCGACGCUGCAACUGCGACUGUAAGUAGUAUCGAGGACGGCUUCACCCGCAAGGGCACCCCGACACCUGUGUCACCUGAUUUCAACAACCUUAAGUCUCAGUGGGCUACCCUGAACCCGACCGGAGUUGCCCUUUCCGCCUACCUGAAGAGCAUAUCCCGUCCAACCGCCGUUGAGUGUCCUGCGUCGACAUCUGGUGGAUGGGCAGUUGACCCAAGCUCGCCGCUUCCUACCUUGGGACAGACCUAUACAAAGAGCUCUGGUUCCACAGCGACUGCAGGUAAGAAUAAGGCUACUAAUACCAGCGUAUCUCCCUCCGCGUCAGCAACAAAGGAAGGCGCCGCUCACGCUGUGACCGUUGGCUCCCCAGCUACCGAGCGUCUUCUGGCUGGAUCCUUGGUGCUGUCUGGUUUGCUGGGUGCCGUUGCCUUCUGGCUUUAA